AUGACGAUCCUUCGAAAGUCCUCCCUUGGUAUCGUCAUGCUUCCUGAUCUCCCCUCGGAGAUAAUAUUUCAUAUCGCAAUCCAUCUGCCAACUGUCAGCUCAUUGACGCACUUGGCACAAACCUGUCGUCGAUUAUAUAAAAUUGUUACAUCCGAGGAAGCAGCCUUCUUUCGGGCAUUCGUAAAACAAAAAUUUCCUUCAACAAAGACACCACCAUUUUGGAAAGAUGCUGCAUGCGCUCUUACCUCUCGCUCGCGCGCCCUUGACAGAUUGGGCAUUAUUGGCCGUUUCGUCCUGCCAGCUGAGAACAUAACCCGGAUCGGGUACCAUGAAGAAACCAGAGACGACAACCCCACCCUUGGAUACCGACCUCCAAUUGACUCUUAUGAGAGCUGGUAUGGCAAUUUCUGGGCUGACAAGAAGGAAGUCCUCGCCUGGGGUGCAGGUCACCAGCUGUUAAUGCGCAUCAAGCAAUUUGGAACCCAUCCACAGGAAAAUUGGAUUGUGUUUAAUGACCGGCACCGUGUUAGCAGUUAUGAUGAUAUCUGUGGCCUGCAUCUCCUUGAGCCCGAAUAUGGCGGCAAAAUGGUGGACGUUGAACACUUGAUCCUUGGUCGCAUUCGCGGCGACAUUGUUCGCCUUGCUCUCUCUACCAGUGACACGGCCUUUGAGACGAAGCAGAGGUUCAUGACCAAAGGGAUGACUCUUGAUCGAACAGACUUAAGUGAUGGCAAAGGGCCCAUCCUUUCUGGUCACUUUGAUAAUGGAUCCAUCGCAUUGUACCAUACAACCGACAAUGCAAAAGAGGUCGAGCCGUUUACAUGGAUCGAGCCAAACCGCUUGUCACGGAGCCGAUAUUCAAAAUUGCUCUCAUUGACACGAAUUGCUGUGGCCACUGGGAGAUUGGAGGAUACGUUGUCAAUUUCAACAAUCUCUCCGGAUGGCGUCUUUCCCGUACGACAAAUCGGAGUGGAAACAUUGGACAUCGAAGAUCAACUUGGUCAUUCAGCGCAUAGCACUGUGUCUGCUAUUGCACCUUUAAAUUUGCACAGACUUGCCGGGAAUCCGGGCGAUGUCUUCCUCGCCGCUUGGGGUGAUCGAACAGUCAGACUCCACGAUGUUCGGUCUCCACAUUCUUACGAAACAACAUACAUAGAUACUACUGACCCAAAUCUCACGUACAGUGUUCACCCAUUUGGCCAUGACAGAUUUCUCGCGGGCUCUAGCGGGGACGCCUUAGUCAAAAUUUUCGACCUUCGGAUGGACAAAACGUAUGACUAUCUUGAGGCCCAAACCCUACACACAUUAUCUCAUCAUCACGAAGAGGAAGGAGGGAAACGACCUCGCAAAAACUUUUCCAUUUUCCUUUCGUCGCCACCGCCUCCACUCCUCCCCCAGCAGAACGGUCGCAAUCGCAGGAGAGGCCCAUACCGAGGUCCGAUAUAUACAAUGUCCACGCCGUCCCCUUCUUCGCAAACCGUAUACACUGGUAUUGUGGACGGUGUCGUACGUCUCGACUUUGCAUCGAUGGACGACCUAGCUGGACCCAGAAAGGAGUGGUACGAAAGUGUCCUCGACCUCAACCUUCCCCAUAAAACCGAGAUGAGUUCAUCAGCAAUGUCCGAUCCCAGCUCAGUGCUCAGACUAGCCGGGUUCGAGCGUCCAGAUCCGGAUGAUCUGACUACGACGUCCAAAUUGAGAACGCAGACUGAGGAGUGGUGUCUCGAUCCUGAAAGCCAAUUGGAAAAGAUGGAGGACACAGGUUGGGAUUGGCGGUGGCAACCACUUAGUGAACCUGGUGCCUGGAGACGAAGAGAUGGCUAG